AUGGCUUCUGCCCCAGAGCUGAUUGAAGACCUCCAGAAAGAGCUCAUCUGCUCCAUCUGCCUGGACUACUUCACAAACCCAAUGUCCAUUGAGUGUGGCCACAGUUUUUGCCAUGGUUGCCUCAGCCGCUUCUGGCAGGUAGCCUCAACCCCUUUCUCCUGUCCAGAGUGCAGGACGGUCUCUCAGCUAAGAGAUUUCAAAGCUAAUGUGAGACUUGGGAAACUGGCAGCCAUUGCCAAAAAACUAAGACCUCAUUGUUUUCAGUACCCUGAAAAAUAUGGCAAGUGUGAGGUACAUCAGAAAGUGCGCACGCUGUUCUGUGAGAAUGACAAGAGCCCAGUCUGUGUGUCCUGUUCUCGGUCCAAGGAGCAUGAGGGUCACAAACUCUAUUGCAUAGAAAAGGCUGCUAUGAACUGCAGGGAGAAACUCCAAGAAACUAUGACUAAUUUGUGGAGGAAAGCUGAGAACAUUGUUGAACAAAUGGCCAGCGAGAAGAUUAAAUUUGCUCAGGAUAUGAAAGGAGUGUUAAGCAGGAAUGUAUUUGUGCUGCAAAAGGAAAUAGAGACCUUCCAUGUAUACAUGAGUACCCCUCCCAUUCCUGGAGUUAUGAAAUGGAUUUUCAAUUUUAAAGUGAACAUCACUCUGGAUUGCAACACAGCUGCUCCAGGUCUCAUCAUAUCUGAGGAUUUGAAGAGUGUGAAAUAUGGAGGUGUCCAGAAGGAAGCAUCUGACCAUAGUUGGAGAUUAAUAGGUUUUGCACAAGUUCUUGGUACUCAGUCCUUCAUUUCAGGGAGAUAUUACUGGGAGGUGGAGGUGCCAAAUAACACUCUCUGGUGUGUUGGCAUCUGUAAAAAAUCAAAAGAGUCUCAAGACUUCUUUGUGCUUAGGACUGUACAGAUAUACAAAUCCCACUAUCUUUAUGCCACAGCCCAGCACAGCCUUUAUUCUCAAGUCCACGUACAAUACCGCCAGAUCAGUGAACCCAACUUAAAGGUGGGAAUUUUCCUUGACUAUGAACAUGGAGAGAUAUCAUUUUAUCAUGUGAAAAAGAGAUAUCUAAUUUAUACUUUCCCUAUCACUUCAUUCUCAGGACCCGUCACACCCUUGUUCUGUCUUUCUAAGAAAGUCUUGGCAAAUGAUUGCUCUCUCACAAUCUGCCCCUAA